GCAGUGUAGACAGUAUGAGUUAGGGGGCGGGGGGCGUGUUUCAGGCUCGCGCACUGUAAGGCUACGUCAGCUCUUUUGCUAACAGGUAGCGAUCAUCGACGUGGCUUUCCGUUUUUUCUCUACUGUUCAUUAAACUUAUUUUUCGGACAGAGUGUCGUCAUGGAUCAAGUGAUGCAGUUUGUGGAGCCUAGCAGGCAGUUUGUCAAAGACUCCAUCAGACUGGUGAAGAGAUGCACAAAACCUGACAGAAAAGAAUUCCAGAAGAUUGCCAUGGCAACGGCGAUAGGAUUCGCCAUCAUGGGCUUCAUCGGUUUCUUUGUCAAACUCAUUCACAUCCCCAUCAACAACAUCAUUGUGGGCGGCUGAGUUUUGGAGAAAUGUAAAUGUUUCCGGAACAGAACCGUUGCUGCCAAGUGUUCAUUGGGGCUGAAGGGGCGACAUUUGUACAUUCUCUGCACAACAUUUAUAAAUAAAUCAAAAACACUCAA